AUGUCAAGACCAGCUAACAAUCUUAAUGCAGAGGCUGCUACAACUAGAGAUCUCAGUGAUGGAAUAAAUGUCCAGGGGUCAGUGGGGAAUGUGCCUGCGACAUUCACAGUUGAUACUGGGGCUGCCAGAUCAGUUUUAUCUCACGAAGUGUACCAGAAAAUUAAGGAUGGUGAGAGGCCAACCUUAAGGGGUUCUGUGGGGUUGCGCAGAGCAGGAGGUACUGAGAUAAGGGAGCGUGGUAGAGGUAUAUUCAAUCUGACCAUGGGACCAGUAACGAUGGAAUAUGAGAUGGUUGUAGCAGAUAUUGAAGAUGAUGCGUUGCUCGGUUGCGACGUGUUAGCUGGUAGUAAGGCCGGACCUGCUGAUAUUAUCCUAAGCAAGAAAGUGAUCGUGCUUGAAGGAAAGGAAAUCCCAUGCAUACCGAAGGUCAGGCGUGAAAGCACCAGAAAAGUAGCAGUAGAUGAUGACGUCACUUUGCCGGACGAGACAGAAGCCCUUCCGGAUGUCUACAUUGAAAAAUCUUGA